GGCUUGUAUAGUCAAAAGAAAAACACCAACACAAAAUCGACGUUAUCCAUGCUUUUACCACAGCAAGCUAGAAGGAGCACAGCAACAAACGCACCUCCGUUCGGUGAGGUCGUGUUAGUGCAAGAAGUGCGUAAAAAGAUAAAGCUCCACUUCAUCAACUAUUCGAUCAUUUUUCCCCUCGUCUUCUACAACUGCUACUAGGUCGUGCUUUUGUUGUUUUUUGUGGGUAUUGAUUUAGUACACUAGGCACUUAUAGUACGGUCUGCAAAGGAAAACAAAACAUGUCGAGCUCGAGUAUGCACUACCGGGCGCUGCAUGAGCGGCAGUUCCAGCAGCUUCUGAAAAACGAGGGAGCAUACAAGAGGCUCAGGAUGAUACGGGAUGUGGAAAGCCAAUACAUGGGGGUAUGGAAGUUUUGUUUGUUUGUUCAUCUCUGGUAUGUGAAUUCCAAAAUUAAAAUUUAAGACCUAGACGAGCUGUUAUUCUGGAACUUACACUUAGACAGAGACUUGCAUUGCGAUUGUGGCUUGCAAGUACUGACGCGCCAACUGGGCAGUUACCCUGGGAUAGUCUGAGUCGGUCUUUCGUUCCAUAAAACCUUGGGUGUUGCCACCAGCAGCAUCGUGAUGUCAACCAGCUCUUGUUUAGAACAAAGCACUAUUGUUCUGCUGCAGUUCACUUCAGUACAGAAAUCUAUUGUAUUCUGCGUUUUCAGCCUCAAUCAUCACGACAGAACCCCUGCUUAGCCUUAGUCUUAGAAGCAAUCCCUCCUUUGAUGGCCAUUUGAUUUUGAGGCACAUCAAACCUAGCCACAACACUUUUUUCACAUAGAGAUCAAAUUUAGAUUUUCCAAUAACCCACACAUUAGAAGCCGCGACCUGUGAAACGGCCCGGUUCCCUGGACAAGUACCACAAAGCCCGGGGCCGUGCGGCGAACCUGAGGCACACAAGGUCGCAGAACCACCGGAGUCAAAGCAGAAGCCGAAUGUCCGACAACAGUUAUUCCCCAUCGGGCUACGCUUCCUCGCAUCGACAAGCGGCGGCCAGCCCCUUUAGCAUCCACCCCUACCCGGAUGAGUCCGUCGGAAGCGUCCCGGCGACAAAGACGUACUGAAUUGAAUAUUUUGGUGUGACUUUCACCAUGACCACAAUUUUACUUUUGCAUUCGUAAGGAAGAACGAGGAGGAAAAAUCUCAACCUUGGUGACUGAUAAUUCUGAUGUGUUUCUCUGUCAUUGGCGCAUGCCAUGGAAAAAAAAUUUUCUUAUCUUACUUACGGUUUUUAUGAAUCUUUCCUUCCUUCAUCAGGUCCGACCCCUUCUCGCACAGUAUGCCCGUUCUCCCGAAGUUGGUAAACGUGGGCAAGAUCAUGGGCACAAACAACAAUAACCACACGGUCAUGGGGGCAGAGGGUUUUGUGCACCAGUCCUACGACCGGUCACCCUCCGUGGGGGCCGUCAACAAGAGUCCGUUUACCUACUACCAGGACCCCAGCGUGCACCUGCAGUCAAGGCGGGAAAACUCUACCCUAAACCACGUCACGUUCUCCGCAAGAAGGAAGCUGGAAAUGGGCAAGUUGACGCGGGAACUGGUAUGAAAAAUUUUUGAGCCUUUGUUGAAUGAUGAAAAUGCUGAAUGCUUUGCAUUUUUCACUUCGAUUUCUUUCUUUCAAAAGUACUCACACGUACUAGUACAGAAUCGGUUUGCAUUUACGUACAUACCAGUUUGCCAAAUAAAAAUCAUGAAAGAAUUUUGUGUGUUUCAUCACCCAGGUCGCCGAAGCGCGUUCUCCGCCCCCGGGGUCGCCGCAAGCGUCCCGUGCCCCAACGCCAACGCGCAGGAGGUCACAGUCCCCCGUGACCUCCACCGAACACAAGAAGGCGUUCCGAACCAUGCUGCGGCAAAAGUUUGGGUCGGUCUGCGCGGGCUGGCGGUACGGCUUCAGCUACGGUGGCGCCCUGCACUUCAACGAGUUCUGUAACGCCUGCCGGCAGCACGGAAUUGGUGGAGAUAUCAAGUCAAUUUGGGCAGAACUGGACACGAAACAGGUCGGAACCGUGCACCUGGAAGAGGUCCACCCCAUGGCAGCGCAAACUCUGAAGCAGUUUUACGAGGAGUAAAAAGGAUUUUUUUUCGAUUGGUUGUCUGAUUCUUGUAAUUAUGUAGGUCAGUUUACCACAACCGCUCGGCGCUUUAAAUGCGUUCGCAAAAUGAAAGCUUACAUUUGGUUUUGCAUGGCUAACCGCAUUCCAGUGACGCAAGAUCAUUCUAGUCUGGCUCACAUGGGGGACAAAGAUGGUGGGGCGCGCGCGCUCGUCGGUUCGUUUUUUCGGAUUCGCAAAAUGGCAGGAGAGCGAGAUCGAAGAAAAUCGCGUUCGUUUUUUCAAAUUAAUGUGUAGCAGCAAAAAAAAAAAAACUGUCGCGCGACCGAAGCCGUCGCGCAGCCGUCCGGGCCGCUCGGCCGCCCCCGCGCCGGGGCGCAGGGCGGUGCCGCUCGCGCCCCUGGAAGCCUUCCGCUCCACCGAGCGCACCGGGGCGCCGCGAACGCAGCGAAGAGGCGCGAGCGGCCCGGGCGGUCCGAGCGGCGCAGCCGCCCGGGCCGCUCGCUGCGCCGCUCGAGCCCGUCCCGCUCCCGGCAGCGGCCCGGAGCGCCGGCAAGGGCCCGAGCGGCCGGAAGCGCCCCGAGCGGCGCGGGCGGCGCCAGGCCGGAAUUCCGAGCGGCGCGAGCGGUCGUGGGCGCGCGGCCGCCGCUCCCGCGGCGGCCGGAAGUCUCGGGGCCUGGCCGCUGGUGGUCCAGGUGUUCGGGCCACAAGGUAGGGGCCCCAGGCUAAGAGUGCAGUCGCAUUUUCGAAAAAGAUGCGGCGUUCUCGGUGUUAAAUUUGAAAAGCGGCAAGACCCUGGCUCAGAUCAUGGCGGCGGGCUGUGCGGCCAACGUGGCGACCCCGGUCGGAGGCGCGGCGCUUUGGGCGGAUCCCAUGUAUGAAAAAAAAUAUUUAAGAUCCUGAACGCAUUUAAAGACCCUAGCGGUUGUGGUAGAACUGACCUACUUGAUUGUAAGUGAAGCUGAAUUUGUCGCUGAUGUGCUGCUGGUCGAGAUGUUGUAACACUUAACAUCAAAUAAACGCACCAUAAAACAACACAUCGAUCUUCGCCGAAUCGAUCCAUCUGCAUCUCACAGCAUCGCAAAUCUGGCGAAGAACACGCUCGCCGCCUGGCGCGUCCUGGACCCGCACAACACGCAACAAGUGGAAAAACACCAGUUUGUCACCCGCAUCAAGAAGUUGCAGUACCAGGGGGACCCGGAGCAGGUGUGGCCCUUCUUGCUUGCGCCUUUCAAAAAAACUUUGUCGAUCGACGAGUUUGACCCCGUGGCAGCGCUGGCGCUGCGCCGAGGGGACGACCAAAUGCUCGCAUUGACGGAAACGUCGGCGGACUACAGAAGGCUCAUGGUAUAGUAAGGUUGUUUUUGUUUUUCUGACUUCCGCGUGGAAAUUUUACUUCUGCGUGACGCUGUCAAUCGCGCAAGACAAAUGAUAAAAUGUUCUGAUUAACAAAAAAUCAAAUCAACAGACCGUCCGUGCCCGCGAGGAGCUGGCGCACGAGCAGGGUCGGCACUUGGUGAAGACUAUGUCGGCCUACACAGUGCACGACUUUAAGGCCUUGCUGAAGCGAAAAUACGGCAACUUGUGGCGCGCUUGGAGAAAGGGUUUGGGCUGCGACGCAACGAAGAAGUUGUCGUUCACAGAGUUCUGCGCCGCUUGCAGAGAAUGCGGGUUUCAUGGUACUGAGGGAUUUGAUUUUCAUUGCUGUUGCAUUUUUCCGUCAUCCGAUGAAAAACAGAGUUUGGGAAAAAUUUGUGUUUGUGCGAAAGAUGAUGAGCAUGAGGCACGGACCAGGUACAACUUACACAUACGCCCGUUCGUCUCUCAAUCAUCUCUUCGAACAUACAAAGCGAACAACUUCUCCAGGUAACGUGAAAGGAACCUUCCUGGAGAUGGACGACGAUAGAAGUGGUGUUAUCUCCCUGAUAUCAAAUGCAAAUAUGUCUUGGUCUGGAACAAUGUAAAUUGUGAUGCUGCAUUUGGAUGUCUAAAAAAUUUGUGUUGCAUGAGCAGCAAAAGGAGUCUGUUUUUUGCUACGCGGAGAGGGCAUCUAUCAUGCGGAUUAGGCAUUGAGAAUCCCUCAAAAAACCUGGGAUGCUAGGGCAUGCAUCACAGACAUCGUGGUUCAUGCAAAAUGUGCAUGACAAGUCUCAGAAUCUUCGAGACCCAGGCACUUUUGCAUUUGAUACCUGAAAGAACUCGACGAGCCCACAUUUAACGCUAUCGUCAAUUUCCGCAGAUGCUGCAUCGAGAAAAAAGGUGCGGAGAACAAUAUCCUGUUUUAUCGAAAAACAUGUCUGUUUGUAGUUCGCUGGUGGUAUGAUUCAGAUUCUGGGUUGCAACAGCAAGUUUUCCAUUUGUCCCUUUUCCUUCAAAUGGAGUUAUUUCGCAUGACAACAUCCAAAAGAACGCAUGGAGGACUACAACUUUAUUCUCCAAAUAAACCCACAGGCUCCCUCCUCGAGGCGUGGAUCUGUCACUUUGACCUGAACCAGUCGGGGCGGGUGGAACUGCACGAGUGGAAUCAGAAGUGCAAGGAACUCGGAUACACGGACAUGGAGCCGGAAAAGAUGUUCAAAAUGCUGCUUCUGGAAGACCGGAAUUUCAUGCAGGUGGACGAUUUCGACAGCAAGGUCGGCGCCGCCAUGCGGUUGGACGACUACCGCGGUUUGCUUAUCCUAUGUAAAAACGUCCCCACACCAUAAUUGUAUUGUAAAUCUGCAUGCUGAAAUUGUUUCUCAUGCGGAGCCCCAUGAGAAGCAUUUUUCAAUCGUGCUUUGCAAUUUGUCAUGCUCCAAUCAGCAGGAUAUACUGAGUCUGUAAUGCUGCAGAGCUAGCUCAAACAGCACUACGCUACGAGUCCAAAUUUGUCAUGCAAGACACCCAAAACUUGUGGAUUUGUCUAGCCAAUCCCCCAUCUUCACUAUGGGGCGGGGACGUUUUUGCAUAGGAUAUUGCUGGAUCCGAGUAAAGACCAGGUGGCGGAGGAGAGUCCGGAAAAUUCCCCGGCUACCAUAUUAAAAGGAAAAAUCCCCCCUCCCCAUAUUGAAAAGGUAUGACUUCGAAAAUUUGUGUUGCAGAUUUGAGGUCACAAAUCACAACUGUCUUGCAAGAAGACAAGGGCAGGAGCUUCCGCCCCGUUAUGGAGGCGAUUUGUCAUGCUGUUGGGCCUAAAGGUUAGCCGUUUGCCAUGCUGAGCAGCUAGACACUUACGCCCCUACUCAGCCUGGAGAUCUGCUCGCAGUGCCGCUCUGCAAUGCAAAGCUGAUUUGUGUACGCAAAUCCAGCAUCAGAAACCUCCUUUUGAUAUGGGGAGGGGGGAUUUUUCCUUUUGAUAUACCAGCCCACGGAAGGGCCCGAUGGAGAUGUCCUUUGAAGAGAGGCAGCAGGAGACAAUCAGAAAUCAGCUGAAAAGGGCCAAGCUGCUGGCGCAAAGGAAAUUCUGUAUUGGAAUUUUUAUGUUGAGUAAAACGAGAACUUACUACUGUAAGAAGAAGAACACGACCUGUGUGUCAGUGUGUGUACAUGAUGAUCAUUAAAUUGCGGUUCAGAAGAUGAUUGUGUCUCGUGCAUCGGGGCAGUUCCAGUUUCUCCAUAGUGUACGCAUGAUAUCAGCAAUUCUUCCCUCGUCCAGCAAGAAGUUUAAACUCAAUAAAAAACAGCCAUGCUCCGCAAGCGGGCGUCCUACAUCGACACGGGUGAAGAUCUCGGGCCCCAGGACGUGCGUAGUUUUAAGGAGAUGCUGCGAAGAAAAUACGGCAGUGUCGCCCGCGGGUGGCGCGCUGGGAUGUGCAGUGAAGUUACGAACGAGGGCAACAAGCUCGCUUUUGUCGAGUUCUGCAACGCAGCGCGAGCCUUGGGUUACACAGGGAACAUCUCGCUUUUGUUUAAAACCCUCGAUGAAGACAAAUCGGCGAACAUUUCGCUCGGAGAGCUGGACCCGGAUGUACAAAGGAUUUUUUUUGUUGGUUUUGUGCAACACGAACUGAUGCUUUGCCUUUGUUGUCGUGCGCGCAUACGCAAUGAAAUUGUCAAGUUGGUGGAACAGCAUGUGUAACUAAUAGGUGUGUAUUCCACACACCCACUCAAUCAUAUACAGCCUUUUGACACCGAAAAAAUGAUUCCCCUUUAAGGCACAAACCCGCAUCGACACCUUCCUGGGUCUUUGUAACGAGAAAUACGGAAACCUAGUGGACGCCUGGAAGAAAGGGCUCGAUGAGGAUCGCUCCGGCCGGUUAGAACUCGAAGAGUUCAAGAGGAAAGCCAAGGAGCUGGGGUACAGCUUGUUGUUCUAUGGGAAUUUGUGUUGCACAUUUGGCGAUCCAAGAACUUUUUUCUCAUGCAUCUUCUACAACCUCACAUCUACAUCACUCAGUGAUCCUCAUGAACACCUCGAAUCCUUUAUCCUUUCUAUCAGGUACACCGGUGACACCAAGCAGCUGUUCUACACUUUUCUGCUCGAGCAGGGUCGGCAGUACCUGACCAUGGGCGACUUGGAUCCAUUCCUGAUGAAAAACUACCUGUCCGGCCACCACGAGAUGAUCCUGGCGCCGAAGAUUACCUCCGCGGAAAAGUCGAGAAUGACCUUCCAGGAGCGACAGUCCAUGAGCUUUUCCAACCGCAUCUCGCAGUUUAUGGGUCUGCAGAAGCGGGAAGCGCUGGUGCAGGAGGAGCGGGCCAAGAAGGCGCAGAUCGUCGCCGCGAAAUCCGAAGAGGGCUUUAAGCAGCAGAUCGUGCGCCGGCACGGCAGCAUGGCCCGGGCCUGGCGGUUCGGGUUAGAUAGUGAUGGCAACGGAAGGCUGUCCUUUAACGAAUUCAUGCAGGCGGCGAGGACAUUAGGGUAUAGUUAGAUAGAGCUUUGUUUUUGAAGAUGAUGUAGAUGUGCUAGUACUAGCUUUUGGUUUUGCGGUCGCUUCUUAGUCCUCCGAUUCAUCGCGAGGUUCAGAUUGUGCCGGUUACCAAGUACUGGAAGCAAGUGUCUACGACACGAGGAUCUUUCUACACACGCGAUGUCUAGUACCAGCUGUGAAGCAGUACGUUUCACAGUCGCACGCGGCCACGAGAUCCUUGUGAAGUUGUAGAGCACCUAUUCCUCGGAGAAAAAUCAAAGGCAAAGAUCCAACACGUCGUAGUUGCACUUCUCAUUUCCUGUACUGUUAGUGUUAAAAAUUCUCCACAGAAUAGGCCGGGCGCUCGCUUUUUUUGUGCGAGAAUCCGUAAUUAAUCUGUGGUAAACGAAAGUAGGCAACUACCUCGCUAUGCGGGCUCGAUAUGGCAGUAUUCUGUCAGAGCGCGCACACUGGCGUUGCACAAUUCUUUCCAGAUUCAUACUUUUCUGGCCAGAAAAGGGACAUUGUGUUUGUAUGUCUGUUGUUGUUCGACAGCCAGAUCAGUAUGGUUGGAAACCAACAGCUUAUAUAGUGGAAACCAAUUAUCAUUAUGCGAAAGCACAAGCAGGACGAAACACAAAAAUCUUCCAAAAACCCUCCAAAAAAAACAGUUACGCCGGCAACAUGAAGACCCUGUGGGUUGUUCUGGGUGGUGAAGAGGCGGGCUUCCUCGGCAUGCAACACCUCGACAAGCCGCUCAAAGACGAUCUGAUGGAGCUGAAAAAGUGCCUCCUGACCAAGUACGGCACCAUCGUCGACGCCUGGUCCGCGAUGCUGGACCUCCAGCCCGGACAAACGAAGAACGAGGAGAUUGACUGGGGCGAGUUCCAGGAGGUCUCGAAGAUCAUCGGGUUUGAUAUGACUUGCUCAAAUCAGUUACCAUCUCAAACGUCACAAUAGAAUCUGGAAUUUGUGUUGCAUGAUGAGCAUGAUGGACUCGCACAACGUUCCACCUUUUGCAAUACAAAUUUCGCCAGAUUUUCGGUGGGUUUAGGGCUCCCGAACUUGUCAUGCGCAAUCCCAUGAGACUUGGCUAGAUCAUGCCAUCUUGCAUCACAGAUUUCCAUAUUCUAUUGUAACGCUUGAGAUUGUAACACCUGAGCGGGUUAUAUUUGAAGCCAAGUCGCAGGACGGGUUCAAGUUUUUCAACAAGCAGUUGAUCGCCGACAACCACCGGAAAGCGCUGAUUUUGUCGGAUUUGAAAAUCUUGAUGAUCGAAUUAGACAAGAAAACCUACGAAAACGAGUGGUACGGCUCGCACGAGCGCGCGAAGAACUGGAACAAACUGCACGCGUUCGGGUCUUCUCGCGCGCAAACCGCCAUGGCGGACAUGGCCAAGGAGAAGGAAGAAUACGAGAAGAAAAUGCAGGCGAUCAUCGGAAAAUCGGUGGAUGGGUUCAAAAAGAUGAUCAUCCACAGGUACGGAUCGGUGCUGCGCGCGUGGCGAGAAGGGUUGGAUACGGACGGAAAUGGUAUUUUCAUAAGGAUAAGAGUUUGAGGUUUUCGUUUAUUUUGGGCAAUGGCGUUCGUUUAGUAUUAGUGCUACUUUUUUUCGGUGCACCAGCCCCCGUCAUGCGAGUAGUCGGACCUGAAUGUCGGUUCUGAAGAUGCGAGAAAGCAUAUUGUGUGUGUUUUCAUCGUGUUGUAUGAGCAUAAUGAGCAUUAUGGAAAAUUGCAUGAUCGAUUUGAUGGAGAGGUUUGAGAAUUGAAAAAUGUCACUGAAUCUAAAAUUUAUUUCCUCUUCACCACGAAACAAGGUCGUCUUUCCUACAACGAGUUUAUCAUGGCGGCCCGUACCUUCGGUUACACCGGAAACAUCAAAAACCUCUGGGAGGCCCUCGGCGGCCUCGAGCGCGGGUUCCUCGGCCUCGCCGCGUUCGAACCGGCUCUCCGGGACGACGUGUUCUCCUUCAAAAACGCACUUCUCGAGUGGAAGGGCUGCGUGGUCAUGGCGUGGGGCGGUAUGCUCGCGUGGAUCAAGGAGAACCAGAAUAAAAGGAAAACGGAUGUCGACUACGAGGAUUUCCAGGGGAUCUGCAAGGAAAUCGGGUUUGUAUCAGAAAAGGACGGGGGGAGCAAAUUCGCCCGGAAGACGAACUUGAAGAAGUUCUUCUACAAGGAACUGAUCAAGGAGCCGGGCAGGCAGCGACUGAUUUUGGAAGAUCUCGACGUGUUGAUGGUGGAGUUGGACAAGAACCAGUACAAAAUCCAGUGGUAUGGAUCGGUGGAGGCGGCGAAAUCCGCUGCGUUGUUAGUCCACGGCACCGCCGAACUGCACCAGACCAAGGGGGCGCAGAAGGAGUUGUUGCGAAGAAGGAAAACCAUGGACGCGGCCAUGUUCGACCACACGGAGACGGAGACAAUCAAGAAAAGGGUAGAGGAUAGAUUUGAAGUGCUGUUUAUUUGAAUUUCGUUUCCGAUGCGAGGGUGUCAUGCAUGCGUCCUUACCUAGCUGUGUGAACAUGAUCCUACGUACCGGGAAGUCGUGACAACAUUGCACCUGCUUGUGUUUCUGUUCUGAUGCUUCAUCGAUACAAGGAAGAAGUUGUUUUUGCAUCUAAACCAACGUAAAAAACAUUCUAUCUCAGGUUUCCAAAUCCCAGACGAUGUCUGUUCUCGACGGGCGACCGGCGAUGCGGAACAAGCGGUCCAUGUCCAUGUCCCACAGCCGAUUUGACAGUGAAAAGACGGUCGACCUGGACGCCGCCCUCCGACAAGACGUCGAUGAGGAGCAGGAGAUCGCGGCGAAAUUAAAAGCCGCGAAUGAAGAUCUGAAAAAGAACAAAUCCCCGUUUGACGACCUCCCACCGACAAGCAGUGACGAGGACAAAGCCGGAGGGAGGAAAUCGAGUAAGGUCGGAUUUGCUCCUUCCACCUCCAAGGUGAACUCGGAUCCCGAGCCGCAGUCUAGCGCUCCUUCCGCGAAACCGAAGCGCGGGGCGGCGUUCGGCCGGGCAAAGUCGCAGGUGUACGAGAAGGUGGAGGACGACAAUCUGAAGACGGUGGAAGAGGAGAAGGAGGACAACCCCUUCGCGCACUUACUGCCAACUGCAGAUGAGAGUGAGAAAAAAGAAGAGGUCGACGAAUACGCAGAGGAUGACUUCGAGAAGGAAGAGACGGGUCCCGUGGAAAUCGAUUUGACAACUUCUGCUGCGGUGGUCGAGGAGGCAGAAGUUGCUGGUCGUGCUGGGGAGGAAGUAGUAGAACCGGUGAACGCUGGUGCUCCUGCUGCGGAGGGAGAAGAAGUAGUCCCAGCCGCGGCCGAAGUAGAAGUAGCUCCAGCAGCAGAAGAUGCUCCUGCGGCUCCGGUCGAGCCGGCUGCAGAAGAGGAAGCUGUGGAAGUACAAGCCGAAGAGGAGGAGGCAACACCGGCUGCUGCGGAGGAAAUAACGCCAGCGGCGGAGGAGGAGGCGCCGGCUGCGGCUGACGAGGCAGUGGCCGCUGCGGAAGUAGAGCCGGCAGCCGCGGAAGCAGAGCCAGCGGUGGAGGAGCCAGUUGCGGCUGCAGAAGAACCGGCUGCUGCCGCCGAAGAAGAAGCGCCAGCAGCUGCGGAGGAGGAAGUGGCCUCUCCGGCUGCGGAAGCUGCAGAGGAGGCUCCCGCACCAGCGGCGGAAGAUGCGGUGGCAGAAGCGGAAGCCACCCCAGCCGCGGAAGAAGCUCCGGCUGCAGCGGAAGUGGAAGCUGCUCCGGCGGCGGAAGAAGAGGCUGCUGCUGCACCCGCUCCUGCCGAGGAGGAGGCUGCUGCUGCUCCGGCGGCGGAGGAAGCGCCAGCAGCUGCUGCUGCGGAAGAAGAGUACGCGGAGGAGUUUGAGAAGGAGGAGGAAGCGUGAGUGAACAAGAGCUGAACAUCCAGCCAAGAACUCCUCAUAUCUAAAUUCUAAAUUUUGCAGCAAACAAAGGGCUAGUUCGGCAAGAACUCCUUCUACCUAGUAGCAACUUUUAAAACUCUACUACGUGCUCUAAUAUUAAAAACCGUGUAUGAAGAUUCGGGCUUCCUUUCUCUACUACUUCUGUAGCAGCUCUGUCCCUCCGAUGUACAAAUUUAGUGCUGCAGCGGAAAAUAGUACACGUCGACCUGUAACAAAUCGUCUCCUUCUGUCAUCAAAUUCAAAACGCGAAAGUACACUAAAAUGCCAAACUUUUAAAUGAACCACAUUUGUUGAAAAAUCAGACACCAAUCAGACCACCACGCGCCUAACUUGUAAUUUGAAAAUCAGGGUAUUCUUUCAGGAUAAACAGCAAACAGAAUCACUCCUGUCAGGGUAUAUAUUGUUUUACAACCUUCUAUCAUAAGGUCGUCUUCUAUCGAGUUUACUAUUUGUGAAAAUGAAAUCUAAAUCGAACCAGAAUCUAAAUCAGACCAGACUAUCGGAAAACACUUUAUAGGAAAAUCAGAACACUAUAUCAGAAUUUUAAGUUGUAAGAUUCAGCUACUUAUUUCGGAUUCGGUUUCUAAAUGUCAGACUUUUCCUUCUUGAAAAAUUUCUAAAUCUGCGCCAUGCAGCAGCUAAGAGCUUUCUGUUCCUCCUCAGAGGACGUCGCACAACUGUAUGAUAACAAGAUGGCUAAGGGCUAACCACCUGAGUAGCCGCGCUUAAUUCCUCUAGCUGCUCGUCGUUUCAAAAACCACUCUGUAUAACCUUUCUUGUUUACAAAAUUUCUAAAUAUGCAAUACGUGCUAUUUCUACCGCCGCACCAGAGGAGCCCCACGGUGAUUAUUGCAAAACUUGUUUGUAAUUUCGGGCUGACAGUCUAUUCUUCAAAGCGCUUUUGGGACAAUAAUACUAACAUCAUCAUCUUGCAGUUAUUUCGAACUUUCUUGUAACAUGCAGCUUUUGUUUGACAAUCGGGCUACUUCUAGCGCUUUAUUUCAUCACUUCUGUUGAGAGCGAUGUAACCUAUUCUGGAGCAAACUUUGAACUCUUCCCUCGUCUGGCACGAGUGGUAGACGAGAAUCUUUGAGCUGAGCUGCAAACAAGAAAUUUCGACGUCAGAUCCUGAUCCGGCACAAGUUGUGAUGCCGUGCCCCUCCUCUCGACAGUGUUCAAUCCGAGGUGGACCCGCAGAGAAAGACCGUCCGUGAGACCUGUACAAACGCUGCCAUAGUCGACUUUGUCGGCU